GAGGCAUAAUGGCACUCAUUACUUUGAGUUGAGUCUCUGUAAACUAUUUAACUAAUAUAACAUUGUAACCGUUUUAAUAAAGUAAUAUUACGUCUUAAUAAAGCAAUAUUAAGAGUCCGAAUUGCCCACGUAUUGUUAUUUGGUGUGUCUGUAUUUUGAUAAUGUCUGGUGUUCCCACAGAAAACAGGACGGAAAAAAAGCCUGACCUCAUGUGGCCGAUUUCAUACUGGGCCUAACACUGACAGUGACUGCAGACCAAAAUCAACAUAUUUCCAAGUGUCGCAAAUUCGCAAUACACUUUGAAGAAAAAUAUAAUAUAAAAAAGUCGCAUAUUAACUGAAUUUUUUUUCACGCGGUGUCAUUUUUUACACAACGGCAUAGCGUUAAAGUAGCCUAUUUAAUAGAUUUGUAGGAUAAUGUUUUUUGUUGUUGUUGUUUUCAUGUGUGUGAGCCAGUAUUAAUAAUUAGAAAUGAAGAAACCAAACGAAACCAAACAUUUACACUCACAAAUAUUUCACAUAGUUUUAUUUUUAGUUUUAGAAUAUAAUUUUAUUUUCAGUUAACAAGAUUAUUUGUCUCGUAUUACAACAACUGGAAUUAAGUUUGAUAGAAUCGCAAAAAUUGCAUAAAAAAGAAAAGAAAAUGAAAAGGAACGGGAAGUACAAAGAAUUUACAAAACUUGUGUAGAUUGUGUUAUGUAGAUACAUUUUCAAAAAUAUCGCAGUAAAAUUGAUAAAGCUAACAACGCCUUUUCCUAGCUUUAUCUCAUAGGAUAUAUACAAUUUUAAGAGCUAUGUGAACAGUCACUCGUCUGUUUUCUAGAAUAUUCGACAAAGGUUUGAUGAGACUUCUUUCACAAGCGUAGUGUUGGUUUUAUGUUAUACCAGGAACUCAACUGCAGUUUUAUUAACGACACGUUUAUGAACAAUCAAAUGGUCCUCGUAAAAAUUUAUUGAAGGACAUAAAAGCAUGCACGACCACUUGACAAAUAUAGCCGCAGUUGUGGUGCGUUUUCAGGCGUCUUACUAUUCCCACCGCCCCGAUUUGUUUAAAACUCCAUUUUAUGAGGGAUAUCCCAAUUGUAUUUAUUUGAAACUCGUGGAAAAUAGGACUUCAGUGCGUAAAAGCAACCCUCUAGACAACACAAGAGCCGUAUAUUUGUCAAAAUUAUUUCAUUGGGUCCCUUCCAAUUAUAUAGAAUUAAUAGUGAAACUGAGAAAGAAAUAUACAACAGUUUAUUUUUUUCUAAUUGUUUUAAUAAAUAAGAUUGUGCAGUGAGGGAUGCGCACAAGGCUAGCCACAGCACAGUAGCAUUCUCUCUACAGAGAUUGAUUACACCAACAAAUAGUGCCCUUUUUAAGACCGUUAACACAAACACACUGCUGCUUCGUAAGGCUACAAAUAACUAUUUACCUAAAUCAGUUGCAUCACAUUAUACUAGAAACACAAUCUUCAUAUAUUUAGGCUCGAUGCAAAAAAGACAACAUUAGUAUUAAGCAACCUACUGCAAGCUCGAAGUGCAUUGCUGUUCCAGGAGAACGCGCGCAUUGAUCUGCUGUGCAGUUUUUCAGGGGGUAAAUGCAAUCACGUGUUCCAUAGGCGUCCAAUCCCAGCUGGGGAAGCUUUCUGAAAUAAUUACCUGUCUUGAUUGUUCUACGGUCAGAUAAAAAAGUACACAUACACUCCAUAUAAUAAUCGGAUGCAUGUAAAAGAGAAGGGAAACAUCGCCAUGUCGGCUACGGGUCCCAUAAGUAAUUAUUAUGUGGAUUCCUUGAUCAACCAUGAGAGCGAGGAUGUUCUGGCGAGUCGUUUCACAGCCACUGGUCCGAUAUCCUCCAGCUCACGCCCGACGCCCCUGGUACCGGAAUGCGCGGAUUACCCGUCUUGCAGCUUUGCCCCGAAACCACCAGUCUUUACUACCUCGUGGGCCCCUGUUCACUCCCAGUCGUCAGUGGUUUACCAUCCAUACACUCACCAACCUCACCUAGGCACAGACUCAAGGUACGUUCGCUCUUGGCUGGAGCCUAUCCCCGGUACCGUGUCUUUUCCAGGAUACGCAGGGAAUAGCAGGCACUACGGGCUGAAGCCCGACACCUUCCAGGAUCCCCGUGCUGGAGACUGUUUGGGCUCGAACGGACGCACUUACACGGAUUAUCUCUACUGCUCCGCCGUCGACAUUCGAGAAAAGCAGCAGAACACACCAUCGCCUGAGACGGAGAGUCUGUCUUCCGGGAAGCACAAAGACGACAAGGCUGAAUUAGACCCAAAUAAUCCUGUGGCAAACUGGAUCCAUGCGCGCUCAACUCGAAAGAAGCGUUGUCCAUACACCAAGUAUCAAACACUCGAACUCGAAAAGGAAUUUUUAUUCAAUAUGUACCUCACAAGAGACCGGCGAUAUGAGGUAGCAAGGGUGCUGAACCUGACGGAGCGACAAGUCAAAAUCUGGUUCCAGAACCGACGGAUGAAGAUGAAGAAAAUGAACAAAGAAAAAAACGACAGUAAAGAACAAUAGACCAAAAGUCAUUCAUCAGAAAAAGACUGAAGGAAAAUCAUCGUUUAGUAUCGUUAUGAGUCUUAGCAUUUGCACCUCCGGCCCAUAACAGGAACAGAGAAAACGAAAAGGCUAUCCUAUAUGGAUGUCCUUCAAAACGUGAUGAUAUAAGUAUGAUUUAAUGUAAGUGUAAUUUUACCAUCCUGACGUAAGUCAUAUUAAUAUUAUACGUAGUUUGGGUUUACAUAACAUUUCUACUCACAAAUACAAAAGUGGACUCUGCAGUGAGGCUGCCCCGAAGUUUCAGAGAGAAAAUACUUGAACUACUUUAUUUUCAAAUUCCUAAUUUAUGCUCUCUACGUGGUUGUUUCUUUUCUAAGCUUCCAUUAUUUGUAGGAGGUUUGAAAGCCGAAUAUUUUACAAAUAACAACAGUUCUGUAGUUAAAAAAAAUACGUGUUUGCGUCGAUGUGCUUAGUUUGUUUCUGAUGUACCUGUUUGUGUAUUUUACAUUCUUUAAACUGUAAAUGAGUUACAUCAUAGAUUGUAGAUAUAUCCAAAUAUAUACAACCAUGUUAAUAUGA